UGACUUCAACACUGGGGUUUCUUAACAGGACACUGCAGUGUAUUUGCUGCAUUUAUACAUUGUUCUCUUGAAAUAUUUAGUAUUCUGAUGAUCUGUUCUACAUUGGGGAUCUAAACACUGUAAAGGGCUAUACUUUGGGCGCUUUUCUAUUCAAAUAAUAAAAUAUAGCUUUAUGCACUUCUUGGUUGGUUCUGAUGACCUGUUUUGCAUUAACCUUAAUCACACAAUCACACUAACUGGAUGAGUAAUCAGAUACGCAAGAUGGUUGGGACUGCGGUGGCUGUAAAGCGCAAGUUAAUUCCAAAAGAUAUCGUUCUGUUGUCACUCAAUAAGUUUUCUCGGAUUGUCCUCCCACUUGCUCCACCGGAAGUUCUGAUUUUGAGGGGAAAUGCUUUCAAAAUGAGAUCAAGUGCUGGAAACUUUACACGGCAAGAAAUGGUGUCUAUGGUUGAAUCAGAACAAAUUCUCAAAGCAGUUGAUGAGUUCUACACUGGUGUUGUGUUGCCUGAAGUUUCAAAGUUCCUAGACUCAUCAAACUCUCCUUGGGCAAAAUGGGUCGAGAAUUUGGAAAACUAUUCAAGCAUUCCAGAUGGUGAGUUGGAUGAAGUCAGAAAGGCUUGGAAGACUUGGAAGGAAAAUUUCAGGCUAAAAUCAGCAUCCGACACAAUGCAUGUAGACAUGUUGAAUCAUGGCUAAAUGGACGACUCACAAGCCAAGUCAAUGCACCACUCCAUCGUUCUCCAGAAAGGUAUGGCUUAUUCCAACUUUCCAGUUUCCACCAUAUGUUACAUGCACAGACUAUAAGAGAUAUGUGUAAUUUGAAUCAUUAAAAUAAGGUAAAAUGAGGAUGUAAUCGGAUAGGUUUCGUGAAAAUUGCAAAGAAAAGGAGGCAAAAACUCGUUUCUAUUUGUUAUAGCAGAAUUUUCUUACGUUCUAUUCAACAUAAAAUCAGUCCAUUAGGUUAAUUUGUUUUUUUAAGAUCAUAUAGCUAAAAUUUCAUAUUACAAGCUUCUUUUGGUAGAGACCACAACUAUUUUUUAUUGAAGACAAUUCUAUCCGACACUGGUACAAUCACUGGGAACUACAAAAUUCUCUUUUAAGAUUUAAUAUGAUUGUAUAUCUAAAAUUUAAACUUGAGAAAACUUGUCAUGUCGACCUACACUUUCAGUAGUUCAUUUCAUAUUAUUGAAUGAUUACAUAGUUACUUUGUCUCAAUGGAAUGAUUUAUUUAGAUAAACUAUUAUGUACCUACUAAAUUACUAGUAUUCAUAAACAUAACUGGUAGAAUUGAAUCAUCAUACUAAAAGGGUCCACUUUGUGAA